AGGGGGAAGCCCCUUAUAAAACCAUCAGCUCUCAUGAAAACUCACUAUCACGAGAACAGGGUGGGGGAAACCACCCCCAUGAUUCAAUUAUCUCCACCUGAUCCUUCCCACGACAUGAGGGGAUUAUGGGAAUUACAAUUCAAGAUGAGAUUUGGGUGAAGACACAGCCAAACCACAUCAGGAUGUGUAGACAACUGAAGUACAAUAACAUCAAGGCUGUUUUGAUGUAAGGGCAGAAUUUACAGUAUGUGCUCUCACACAACUUGAAAUCUUAGAGGCCUUCCGGGAACAGGGAUUAAUCAGAAGCCAACAUGGCGGAUUAGUACCAAAGAUGGAGUUACUUUAGCUUCCAGAUUCCACCCAUCAAUCCAGCUCUUACAGUUUCACUCGCCCUCCUAUUUGGAGAUGGUCCCUGAGCUUUUAGGGAGGGUGGUUUCAUAUGAUAUAGCUUUGGCAGCAGUGCCCUAGCAGUGGAAAACAGAUUGGGCCCAGAGAGAUUCCAAAUGAGGGAGAUUCACAGGCUUUGUUGAAUUAUCUCUAGUCUUGAGAAUACCAUGACUUUGGUUUUCUCAGAAGUAAAACAAGAGAUACUUCUUGUUUAUAAUUAAUUAAUUUGAAUAAUUAGUAAUCUGAAUAGUAGAAACAUAAUGCAUGCAAGGAUUACAAUCAAAAGAAAAUUUGUAUGCCAGAACAACAAAGAACCUAUUUCAUUGGGAAGCCAACUGAGAGCAGCAUGAAGAAAAUUAAGGCCUGACACAGGGACUCACACUCGUAAUUCCAACACUUUGGGAGGCUGAGGUGGGAGGUUCAUUUGAGCCUGGGAGUUAGAGAUCAGCCUGGGCAACAGAGCAAGUCCCCAACUCUACAAAAACAAACAAAAAUAGCCAGGUAUGAUGGUAUGCACCUGUAGUCCCAGCUCCUUGGGCGGCUGAGGCAGGAGGAUUGCUUGAGCCCAGGAGGUCAAGGCUGCAGUGAGCUAUGACCACUCUACUCCAGACUGGGUAACAGAGCGAGACCCUUUCUCUAAAAACAAGAAAAAAUUAAAACCCAGUUCUCCUUUAGCGACACCUUGUAGCCACUAGCCUGACAUUUUAAACACAUAAAUUAGAAACAUGAUGCAAGAGUGAUUCAAGGUAUUUUAUAUAGGAAAUGCCUGGUGUAGUGCCUUGGCCAGCUAAAUAAAUGUAGCUGUUAAAUUGUUACAUUAGUUUUAUUCUAUGCUCUUACCAUUCCUCCCUCUCCAAGUUUUGUUCGUAGUCUGUGGCAGCAACCUAGUCUGUAUUUAGUACAUAUUGAAUAAUCAACAAUGAAAUGUAAAUAUUGAGCAUACUGUGUGUCAAACAGAUGUAUUAACUCAAACCUCACAGAAACCCUUUGAGGUCGGUACUAUUACAAUCCCCAUUUUACAUACGAGUAAACUGAAGCAUGGGUAGACUAAAGUAAAGUGCCUGAGGUCAAUUAGUGAGGAGGCGGAGUGGCAGUUAAGUCGAGGCAGCCUAAGCCUACACUGCCUCUAUGUUGCAUUAAUAAAUUAAUAAAUCUGUGACCAAAUAAAUGAAGUGACAUUUAGUAGCAUCGAAAGAUCCCGUGAGUAGGACUUCCUAAGAAUGCUCUCCUUCUUUUCACAGACAAAAUUUUAGUCUGUUUAAAAUAAAUUUUGGACCGGACACCGUGGCUCACGCCUGUAAUCCCAGUACUUUGGGAGGCCGAGGCAGGUGAUCACUUGAGGUCAGGAGUUCGAAACCAGCCUGUCCAACAUGGUGCAACCCUGUCUCUACGAAAAAUACAAAAAUUAGCUGGGCAUGGUGGCGCGCGCCUGUCAUCCCAGCUACUCAGGAGGCUGAUGCAGGAGAACUGCUUGAACCCCAGAGGCGGAGGUUGCAGUGAGCCAAGAUCUCGCCAUUGCACCCCAUCCUGGGCGACAGAGCGAGACUCUGUCUCAAAGAAUAAAGAAAUAAAUAAAUUAAUUAAUUAAUUAAUUAAUUUUGAAAAACUGUCAGCACUCAUCAGAUCUUUACACUGCUGGACUCGGGACACUUGGGGCCGUAGACAAGCAAUUAAACUGACUCACACGUGGUUAGAACCACGUCAUCCUGAUUCGUGAAUCCGUACUCUUAACUACUAGAAGCCCUUUGUGGAAUGCACGGGGCGAACCUGACGCUUGAGCUCUGACACAACGCAGACACAAACCGGGAUUUAAGAGCUGGGUAGGGACUCCUGGGCCGGACGCCUCAUCCCGGCAUGCACCUCAAGCCCCGGCGACCACGCCUUCCGCCGAGCGCCAGGGAGCGCGUGUGCGCCUCGCCGCCCGGAAGCGUCGCCCGCUCGCUGCAUGCUGGGAGUUGUAGGCCUCCGGCGUCAGCCCGCGGGCUGCCGCCCGCACUCUCCAUGAGACUGCUGGCGCCGGCGCCCGCCCGCGCGGCACCGACGCGGGGAGCGCGCUUCGCGCUGACUCAGCGGCGGCGGCGGCGGCGUUAGCCGGCCCUCGCGCUCUUUCCCUUCCUGGGGCGCCGACCCCGCCCGCUUGCUUGCUUGCUUGCUUGCCUGCCUGUCUGCCCGGCGCCACGCAAGAGAAGGUGCCAGGGGACGCGGAGCGACUAGAGGCGCGCGGUCCCGGCCAGCUCCGUUUCUGGCGUUGGCGCUGCGGCCGUGGCGGAGGACUACGGCGACAAGGACGAGGGCCGCUCUCCCAGCUCUCUGCGUGCGGCGCCGCUCCGCUCCGCUGGCUGACCAUCUGGAGUGCAGGCUGGGAGGCGGGAUGGAGUGAUAGGGAAGAUGUUUAUAAAUUCUUCUGUGGGAUCAGAGGGCACGCCUAUUAUAACCAGAAAACUCCAAGUAUAGCAGCGAGGAUGGAUGAACAGGCUCUAUUAGGGCUAAAUCCAAAUGCUGAUUCAGACUUCAGACAAAGGGCCCUGGCCUAUUUUGAGCAGUUAAAGAUUUCCCCAGAUGCCUGGCAGGUGUGUGCAGAAGCUCUAGCCCAGAGGACAUACAGUGAUGAUCAUGUGAAGUUUUUCUGCUUUCAAGUACUGGAACAUCAAGUUAAAUACAAAUACUCAGAACUAACCACUGUUCAACAACAGCUAAUUAGGGAGACGCUCAUAUCAUGGCUGCAAGCUCAGAUGCUGAAUCCCCAACCAGAGAAGACCUUUAUACGAAAUAAAGCCGCCCAAGUCUUCGCCUUGCUUUUUGUUACAGAGUAUCUCACUAAGUGGCCCAAGUUUUUUUUUGACAUUCUCUCAGUAGUGGACCUAAAUCCAAGGGGAGUAGAUCUCUACCUGCGAAUCCUCAUGGCUAUUGAUUCAGAGUUGGUGGAUCGUGAUGUGGUGCAUACAUCAGAGGAGGCUCGUAGGAAUACUCUCAUAAAAGAUACCAUGAGGGAACAGUGCAUUCCAAAUCUGGUGGAAUCAUGGUACCAAAUAUUACAAAAUUAUCAGUAUACUAAUUCUGAAGUGACGUGUCAGUGCCUUGAAGUAGUUGGGGCUUAUGUCUCUUGGAUAGACUUAUCCCUUAUAGCCAAUGAUAGGUUUAUAAAUAUGCUGCUAGGUCAUAUGUCAAUAGAAGUUCUACGGGAAGAAGCAUGUGACUGUUUAUUUGAAGUUGUAAAUAAAGGAAUGGACCCUGUUGAUAAAAUGAAACUAGUGGAAUCUUUGUGUCAAGUAUUACAGUCUGCUGGCUUUUUCAGCAUUGACCAGGAAGAAGAUGUUGACUUCCUGGCCAGAUUUUCUAAGUUGGUAAAUGGAAUGGGACAGUCAUUGAUAGUUAGUUGGAGUAAAUUAAUUAAGAAUGGGGAUAUUAAGAAUGCUCAAGAGGCACUACAAGCUAUAGAAACAAAAGUGGCACUGAUGUUGCAGCUACUAAUUCAUGAGGAUGAUGAUAUUUCUUCUAAUAUUAUUGGAUUUUGUUACGAUUAUCUUCAUAUUUUGAAACAGCUUACAGUGCUCUCGGAUCAGCAAAAAGCUAAUGUAGAGGCAAUCAUGUUGGCCGUUAUGAAAAAAUUGACUUACGAUGAAGAAUAUAACUUUGAAAAUGAGGGUGAAGAUGAAGCCAUGUUUGUAGAAUAUAGAAAACAACUGAAGUUACUGUUGGACAGGCUUGCUCAAGUUUCACCAGAGUUACUACUGGCCUCUGUUCGCAGAGUUUUUACUUCUACACUGCAGAAUUGGCAGACUACACGGUUUAUGGAAGUUGAAGUAGCAAUAAGAUUGCUGUAUAUGUUGGCAGAAGCUCUUCCAGUAUCUCAUGGUGCUCACUUCUCAGGUGAUGUUUCAAAAGCUAGUGCUUUGCAGGAUAUGAUGCGAACUCUGGUAACAUCAGGAGUCAGUUCCUAUCAGCAUACAUCUGUGACGUUGGAGUUCUUCGAAACUGUUGUUAGAUAUGAAAAGUUUUUCACAGUUGAACCUCAGCACAUUCCAUGUGUACUAAUGGCUUUCUUAGAUCACAGAGGUCUGCGGCAUUCCAGUGCAAAAGUUCGGAGCAGAACGGCUUACCUGUUUUCUAGAUUUGUCAAAUCUCUCAAUAAGCAAAUGAAUCCUUUCAUUGAGGAUAUUUUGAAUAGAAUACAAGAUUUAUUAGAGCUUUCUCCACCUGAGAAUGGCCACCAGUCCUUACUGAGCAGCGAUGAUCAACUUUUUAUUUAUGAGACAGCUGGAGUGCUGAUUGUUAAUAGUGAAUACCCGGCAGAAAGGAAACAAGCCUUAAUGAGGAAUCUGUUGACUCCACUAAUGGAGAAGUUUAAAAUUCUGUUAGAAAAGUUGAUGCUGGCACAAGAUGAAGAAAGGCAAGCCUCUCUAGCAGACUGUCUCAACCAUGCUGUUGGAUUUGCAAGUCGAACCAGUAAAGCUUUCAGCAACAAACAGACUGUGAAACAAUGUGGCUGUUCCGAAGUUUAUCUGGACUGUUUACAGACAUUCUUGCCAGCCCUCAGUUGUCCCUUACAAAAGGAUAUUCUCAGAAGUGGAGUCCGUACUUUCCUUCAUCGAAUGAUUAUUUGCCUGGAGGAAGAAGUUCUUCCGUUCAUUCCAUCUGCUUCAGAACAUAUGCUCAAAGAUUGUGAAGCAAAAGAUCUCCAGGAGUUCAUUCCUCUUAUCAACCAGAUUACGGCCAAAUUCAAGAUACAGGUAUCCCCGUUUUUACAACAGAUGUUCAUGCCCCUGCUUCAUGCAAUUUUUGAAGUGCUGCUCCGGCCAGCAGAAGAAAAUGACCAGUCUGCUGCUUUAGAGAAGCAGAUGUUGCGGAGGAGUUACUUUGCUUUCCUGCAAACAGUCACAGGCAGUGGGAUGAGCGAAGUUAUAGCAAAUCAAGGUGCAGAGAAUGUAGAAAGAGUGUUGGUUACUGUUAUCCAAGGAGCAGUUGAAUAUCCAGAUCCAAUUGCACAGAAAACAUGUUUUAUCAUCCUCUCAAAGUUGGUAGAACUCUGGGGAGGUAAAGAUGGACCAGUGGGAUUUGCUGAUUUUGUUUAUAAGCACAUUGUCCCCGCAUGUUUCCUAGCACCUUUAAAACAAACCUUUGACCUGGCAGAUGCACAAACAGUAUUGGCUUUAUCUGAGUGUGCAGUGACACUGAAAACAAUUCAUCUCAAACGGGGCCCAGAAUGUGUUCAGUAUCUUCAACAAGAAUACCUGCCCUCCUUGCAAGUAGCUCCAGAAAUCAUUCAGGAGUUUUGUCAAGCGCUUCAGCAGCCUGAUGCUAAAGUUUUUAAAAAUUACUUAAAGGUGUUCUUCCAGAGAGCGAAGCCCUGAGGACUGGAUUUCCCUGUGCCUACUUCAUGAUCAUGAAUUCCAGUUAAUUUAUAAAGAGGCGAUUUUUGUGUGCCAUUCAUACUGGUCUUUUUCACGUUGUUUUGAGCUUAUUGCAGUAUAUGUUUUGGGAUUUUUCUGUAAAAUGGGUGUAAUUUUCCUAAUACAGGUAUGUAACAACAAAAGAAGUUGCCUGCAUGCCGGUCCAAAUUGUUCUGUAUAAAGAUGCUCUUAAAAGACACAAGUUAUCCUAGAACCUUAAUUCUUUUUUAUUUGAAAUUUUAAGUCAAGUCCUUUAUAAAGACCGUAGCAGUGGAAAACAGUGUACUUUUUUAAAAAUUGCUGAAUAUAAAAUGUUUGAAAAUUUUCUUUAUGUGUGAAGACACAUAAAGUAUAGGGGAAGACAGCAAUCAAAACUAACUUUUUGUAGAUAGCCAUUUCAUUUCUUUAAACUGUUUCAAUGCCAAUAUGUAUUCUACAAAAGAGAAUGGUUUUAGCCUCCAGUGUUAUACUUUUUUUUAUAUAUAUAUAAAAAAAAAUAAAUUUUACGUAGUGAAAUCUA